CUGGCUUGCCCCCCAAGCCCAAGGUCGGCUUCGCCUCCAAGCAUAAGAAAGGAACGGAACAACACAGCCUCGGAUCAACGACGAAGUGAAGAAAGCGAAACUGUUACAGUAUGGCCAGGUACGAUCGAGCGAUCACGGUUUUCUCCCCGGACGGCCACCUCUUCCAAGUUGAAUACGCCCUCGAAGCUGUCCGGAAGGGCAACGCCGCCGUUGGCGUCAGGGGCACCGACACCAUCGUCCUCGGCGUCGAGAAGAAGUCCACCGCCAAACUCCAAGAUACCAGAUCAGUCAGGAAAAUUGUAAGCUUGGAUGAUCACAUAGCAUUGGCCUGUGCAGGACUCAAAGCAGAUGCCCGUGUCCUUGUAAACAGGGCACGUAUUGAGUGUCAAAGUCACAGGCUUACUGUUGAAGAUCCAGUUACUGUUGAGUAUAUUACUCGUUAUAUUGCUGGUCUUCAACAAAAGUACACACAAAGUGGUGGUGUAAGACCAUUUGGUCUUUCAACUUUAAUUGUGGGCUUUGACCCAUAUACUGGUGUUCCGUCACUAUACCAGACAGAUCCCUCAGGUACAUUUUCUGCAUGGAAAGCUAAUGCAACUGGAAGGAAUUCUAAUUCAAUUCGAGAAUUUCUGGAGAAAAACUAUAAGGAAACAUCUGGACAAGAAACUGUGAAGCUUGCAAUUCGUGCAUUGCUAGAAGUAGUUGAGAGUGGAGGAAAGAACAUUGAAGUUGCUGUAAUGACAAAGGACCAUGGCCUGCGUCAACUUGAUGAAGCUGAGAUCGAUGCCAUAGUUGCGGAGAUUGAAGCAGAGAAAGCAGCUGCUGAGGCUGCAAAGAAGGGGGGCCCUCCCAAGGAAACAUAGUUUAUCCCUCCCAUCGUCAUGAUUCCAUGAAUUGUUUAAGCAAAAUUCUGUUAUGUCAAAAGUCCUGUUCUGGUUUAAUCCGAUGGAUGUGGAUUAGAGUAAUAUCAGUCGGUGUUUGUGCUUUGAAAUUUGCACUUUUUAUCUUAAUUUUCUGCAAAUUGCUCUACAUUUUCUGUUGGAAAUUGGCAAGUUGAAUUGUUUAAGCUGGAGUUUGCAUUCA